GAGACCGUCGAACCCAAUCCUAAUGCCAGAGCCACCCGCAUAAACGAGUUGGUGAAGCAACGGCAAUGUCGACGAACCUUGGCUCCGCCUCGUUCUAUUCCCUCUCCUCCUUCCGCAAUUAUUCCUUCUCCUCUUCCCCCUCCUCGACCAUUUCCCUCCCCAUCUUGAAUUCACAGCAUUCCUCGUCCUCCAAGCUUCGCUCUUCGAGACGUCCGGUUGCGGAACAUCAACCACUGCCCCAGGAUUGGGAACAGCGGCAUCGGACGCUGCUGGUCGACACUUUUCACCGGAAUAACGGCCUCAGAUCCUUGAUUCAUGAGGCCUCCAUAAACAGUGGCUCUAGCGCUCUACAGCUUCUCGAAAAAGAUGGGGAUUGGACCGAAGACAACCUCUGGGCUAUGGUAUCCUUCCUCGUUGAAACUGGAAGGGCAGAAGAGGCCCUACAGGUAUUUGAUUUAUGGAAAAAUAUUGAGAUGACAAGAAACAAUCCUUCCAAUCAUUUGAGAAUCAUAAAAUUGUUUUGUGGAGAAGGCUUUAUGAUUGAAGCAAUGUCUGCAUUUGAAGCCACGAAGAAAUCUGAUAUUAUCCCGUCUUUGGCCAUCUAUAAUACUAUAAUACACGCUUUUGCAAGAAAAAGGGAUUUUCAUAAUUCAAAUGCCACGUUUGCUAUGAUGUUGGAAGCUGGUCUGUUACCUACACCAGAGACAUAUAAUGGGCUUAUUCGAGCUUAUGGAUGUUUUGGUCUAUAUGACGAAAUGAGCAAGUGUGUGAAGAGGAUGGAACUUAGUGGCUGUUUUCCAGAUGAGGUUACUUAUAACAUACUCAUUACCGAGUAUGCCCGCAGUGGGCUUCUUGAGAAGAUGGAAAGCACAUACAGAGUUCUCAGUUCUAAGAACUUGAACUUGCAAGCUUCUACUCUUGUGUCAAUGCUUGAGGCUUAUGCUGAAAUGGGUAACUUGGAGAAGAUUGAAAGGGUUUACCGCAGGAUUCUGAAAUUGAAGGCCUAUAUAAAGGAGAAUCUGAUAAGGAAACUUGCAUUAGUUUACAUCAGGAAUUAUAGGUUUGCUCAGCUAGAGGAAUUAGGAAAUGAUGUUCGUACUGCUAAUUGGGGGAAAAUUGAUCUCGUUUGGUAUAUUUUGCUUCUAUCUAGUGCUGGUCUUGUCAGCAAAAAGGGCGUGGAGUCUAUUCUUCAUGAAAUGGAAGAAGAAAAAGUGCCAAUCAAUAUAAACAUAGUCAACAUCCUUGCACAUUUUUAUCUUAAGAUAAGGGACUUCAGGUCUUUGAAUGGUGCUUUUCGUCAGGCUAGAGUAUGUAAUAUAAAGCCUGAUCUCAUCACUUAUGGAAUUUUCUUUGAUGCAUGUGAUAUUGGUUAUGACGGAAUCCAUGUUUUAGAAGAGUGGAGGAGGAGCCGUUAUUUGGAAGAUGUGGUCGGAAUAAGAACUGAUCAACUGGUGUUGUCUGCUUUUGGAAAAGGUUCCUUCUUGAAGCUCUGUGAAAAGAAGUACAUUACUGUCCAUUCAAGACAAAAACAAAAGAAAAUUUGGAGAUACAGUGAUGUGAUUCGUCUUGUUCUUGGAUAGAAAGCUAAAAGGAAAGCUCAAUUAGUUAAUUUCAGUUAUUUCAACAUCUCUGCUGAAAGAGUUUGAUCAUGAAGAUUUAUGUUAUUCUGGCAGAAAUGUAAUUAUCUGUAGUGUUAUAUUUAGAGGAUCAAAAUGAGAGAGAUAUUUGUUA